AUUCGGGUUGCUAUCUUCAACACCGGAUCUUAAUAACGAUCUCAGAUAGUGAUUUACGAAACAAAUGCCAUUGUGAUUUACCCUCAGAGAAACCAGAUCAGAUUUGGAAUCACCAGAAUCUCAAUCUUUAAUUCGUUGCAUCGCCAUUCCAAUGGAUCGAAAUCAAAUUCUGCUGGUGGGCUUACCGAUGUUGCUCUUCUGCUCAGACAUUAUGAACCUUCUCUCUCCUCCCCCUCACAAGCCGAUUUCUCAUAAACACUCUCCGAUUCCCACGAAGCCUCAGCCGCAUCUUCAGCAAUCCCUGCAAUUUCCCACGCAGAAACAGGUCACCAUUGUCCCACCGAUCGGGGUCGGCAACACUGUUAACAUUGACUUCUGCACUUCUUGUUCUUACAGAGGAAAUGCAGUUACAUCUAAGCAAUUGCUGGAAACAGCAUUUCCUGGGAUUGACGUUGUUUUAGCUAACUACCCACCGCCACUUACCAAACGCGUGCUUAGCAAUGCGAUACCAGUGGUGCAACUUGGAAUUAUUGGACUUAUUGUGGCAGGUGAACAGAUAUUUCCUAAGUUGGGAAUCAUGACACCACCUUCAUGGUACUACUCAUUGCGUGCCAAUAGGUUUGGAAGUAUAGCAAGCACUUGGCUUCUUGGGAAUUUUAUUCAAUCCUUCCUACAGAGUUCUGGUGCUUUUGAAGUGUACUGCAACGGUGAAUUGAUAUUCUCCAAGCUGAAGGAGAAUAGAUUCCCAGGUGAAAUUGAGUUGAAGGAUCUUGUUGGCAGAAGAAUAGCAAAUACAAGAUAUGACAAUAGCGUUGCAGGUUCUAUGUGAUCCAAGAACUUUCACAUGGCCGAAUUCAUCAACACCGAAAGCAAAUUGGUGAUUGAAUUGUGUGACAGAAUCACCGAAUGUUAAUUGAGAUUUAAAAAAUGGAAUGUGGAGACCAGAUUUCUUGUGCUAGCUUAAUCUGUCAUGUACAAUGUAUGUCAAUUCAGCAUUAUUUCUGCAUAGCCAUCUAUAGAAGUAAAUUAAAAAUAUAACAAUAAUGCUUGUAAAAUUCUUUCUACUUAUAAACACGU